AUGGACGGCCUACCACCGCACCACCACCGCCCUCACCCGCGCUUCCGCCCACCGCUACACACCCUCCCCCUCCCCUUCCCGCUCCUCCUCCUUCCCCCCCUCCUCCUCUUCAUCGCCACCCUAACAACGCACAUCACCACCCUCCUCCACGACCCCAACAUCCCCUUCCUCCUCUCCCAAUGCCACGCCCACGCCCGCCUCCCCCUCCUCACCACCUCCCCCCUCCUCCCAGAUUUUGUGUCAACCCCGCUCUGCUUCCUCACAACCCUCCUCCAAACCGCCGCCGGCUCCGCCUCAGCCUCAGCCUCAGGCUCGGGCUCGGGCGCAGGCGCAGGCUCAGGCUCCCCAGAAACAGCAAGCCUCCGCGCGGGCGCCACCCUCGCGCCCAUACUAGCAGCCAUCGCCGCGUUGGUCACAAUCACAACCCUCGAGUCGGCGCGCGUAUGCAACACCCCCGCGCGACUGCUCAAACACCCGACCGCGCUCUGGGCGGUAUUCCAACUCCUCGGCGGCCCGGCGAUGGGCGCGCUAGUCUGGCAGGUGGGGUUCGUGCCUGCUUUCCUUAGGAGGGGGCGCGGGGUGGUGGUGGAGCGCAAUGGCGGGCGGUUGGGGGAUCAUCAUCAUCAUCCGGUGUUGGGGGAUGGGAUGGGGAUGGGGAUGGGGAUGAUGGGGAUGCGGCAUGUGCGGGUGCGGGCGGAGGGGUGGGCGGUGCCGGUUGCGGUGGGAGUGGGGUUUGUGGUGCCGGCGGUGGUGAUGCUGGUUGUGGAUUCGGCGGUGGCGGUUGGGGUUUGGUUGCUGUUCCCCGUGUGGGUGUCGGUGGUGCGGAGGGUGGUUCGGGGGUUGGUGGUGGUGGUGUUGGGCCGCGAGAAAUGGGGUGGGAGUGUGCACUUGGAGAGGAGCUGGAGCGCGGUGGUGGGUGUUUAUGCCGUGCCGGUGCUGUGCUCGGUACUGGCGCACGCCUACCUCGUCUGGUCGCUGACGCAGCCCGACGACCGCCGCGAAAUGACGCGCUCGACGCUUAAGCUCAUUACAACCGAUGCCUUCUUCCUCGGCCUGACGGUUCUGUACUGGGUGUUUAUGGAAGCGGGGUGGCGGGCGGCCCUGGUUAUGGUGGGGAUAUCCGCGGCGCUGGGACCCGGGGCCGGGAUCUGCGCUGCGUGGAUCUAUCGGGAGCGGGCGGUCGAUCUGGAUCGGAGCGUGACGGUCGUGGCGGUCGGAUCGCGGAGGCCGAGCGAAGACGCGGAUCCGUCUGAACAAACCCCGCUGUUGCGGUGAGGCAGAGACAUGAUGAAGUGUGCAGGGGU